AAUAGUGGAAGUCUGAUUAGUAACUGAGACUUUCUUGGUGCAGGUCUGCUUGGUACUGGUCUUCUUGGCAGUAAAGGUCUCAUCAGCAGGAAAGGUGGAUUGCUUGGCACAGGGCUGUUUGGUGAAAGUGGGCUACUUGGUACCGGCAUCCUUGGCACUGGAAGUCCAAGUGGAGGAAAAAGUGGAGGUACCCUUGAUGAAAGAAAUGAAUCCAGCAGACCUGAAGUUCCUGGCACAGGCCUUCUGCCUGAGCAAGGUCUCGUUGGCAAGAGCCCACUUGAGAGAGGAGAGCUUCUUGGAAAUGAAAACCAGAACAGUAAUGGAGGUAUGGCUGUUGCAGGAGGACAAGCUGACAGCGGUGGUCUGCUCAGCGCAGGCAUCCUUGGUGGGGAAGGCCUUGGCAAUGGUCUCCUUGGCAAUGGUCUCCUUGGUAAUGGCCUCCUUGGCAACAGUCUCCUUGACAGUAAAAGCCUUCUUGGAGAUAAAGAUCUGGUUGGCACAGGGCUGCUUAGAAAAGUUCUUUUAGGCAGUGGAAGUAUACUUGGUCUCGAUGGUCUGCUGGGUGAAGGAGGACUACUGGGUGAAGGAGGACUACUGGGUGAAGGAGGACUGCUGGGUGAAGGAGGUCUGCUGGGUGAAGGAGGACUACUGGGUGAAGGAGGACUGCUGGGUGAAGGAGGACUACUGGGUGAAGGAGGACUGCUGGGUGAAGGAGGACUGCUGGGUGAUGGAGUCCCUCGCAAGUCAACUCACUUAGCCUGGUUGAAGGUGCUGAACCUCGAGAAUGUCCGAGUGUCAUGGAACGUCCUUCACGGGAGCGAGCUCGUGCUGAACUUGUGCUCAAGGCUGGUGCUGCGCUUGCCAGGGAUUUUUAACUUUCUGAGCGGAUCCUCAGUAGAAACGAACAUCACAUCACAUAUCGCACUGACACAAGACACCCCCGGUGACCUCAAGUUAGUUAUUAAGGAUUGCAGCCACCUACUCGGUGGCUUCCGUGUCAACCUGCAGAAGGGCUUCCUCACCAAUCUGGUGAGCCAUUUGCUGAACACUUCUCUUCGGUCUCUUGUACCUGCACUGCUUUGCCCAUUAGUGAAUAUUUGGGUCAGCAUCAUCAAUAUUAAACUACAACUCCUCAACUGUAUAAUCCCCUUUGGACUCCUGGGGAAAAUCCAUUCUGCCCUCUACAGUUUGCCCGUGACAUCUGGGCAGUUCGUGGAGCUGGAUUUGCAGAAUUCCCCAUUCCCAAGCACCUUCAUCAACUGGCUCCUUCAGACCACAGGCAUCAAUCCUGGAAGCAAUCUGUAGCCACAUGGAUGGCAGUGCCGUGGGGUGCCCCCAUGGGCGAUUCCCACUGCUCCGCCCUGAGGAAGAGGAGGGAAGGGAGGAAGGUGACUUGAUACUCAGAGAAUAGGCUUGAAAAUGAACCAACCUAACUAAUCAACCCAAGCAAGAAAAUAUAUUAUUUCUUCUGCAUUACAUUUCAGCCUUAUCAGGCUUUGGUGUCUCCGUCCAGCCUAGGGUUAGUCGUGCCGAUGGUUAUCUGUGCCAAUGGUUAGACAUAUCAAUGAUUAUCUAUGCCAAUGGGAAUCCGUGCCAAUGGUUAUCCAUAGCAAUGGUUAGCCACACCGAUGGCUAGCUGUGCCGAUGGUCAGCCACACCAAUUGUGCUGCUGGCGGCAAAGCCAGAGGCAGGAGCCCCGGGCCAUGCCCACAUGCCCUCCUAACUGGCAUGGCCAUAAGCCAUUCGUUAUGGCAAUCACUGGCAAAGAUACUGACCUGACCUUCCAGUCCUUACUCAUGAACACUCGAGUUGUGCCUGGACUGGGGCUGUGGUUUGGGCCAGGUAAUUGCUCAGCACAGAGGAGACUUUCCUGGUGCUGGACCAAGCCAGCUGAGCCGGUGGCAGUGAUUUGGUCCCUGUGCAGCUGCCCAGUGGGAAUUUUGUGAGUUUGCACCAACUGCACCAAAUUCCCAUGAAGGGAAGAGAGAAAAAGGAGAAACGCUGAUGAAAUGCUUUGUCUUUGCUCUCCUUCUGCUUCUUGAUUAGUUUACCAUUUCAAAAGGAAAUUUUGCUGUUUCCAGUGAUUUCAUAGUGUUAAAAAGAAGGCAAAAAAGGCCUGCAGUCUAAUCCAUACGUGUACUUAGUUGAUUUGUUCCCUAACAGUUAUGCUUUGAACUGAUCAGAGUAAAUGUUAUCCUGUCUUGUAAUCUCCAAGUGGAUUUGGAUGUGUUGCAUUGUGGGUGAGGCGGAUUCACAUCCCUUCUGUUGCUCCUUACAGUAAAAAGGAUUUUUCUUCAUCUGCAUUCAGCACGUGGUUUGGUUUCUUUCCAAAUUGCCAAAGGAUUUUUGCAUUUGCAAGGGUUUUGUUAUUUAUCUCUCCUAUCAGCUACAGGAGUAACUCACAUGCAAAGAAUAUUUAAUAGAUAACUCUGCUGGGAAGGUAGGGAACCAUGAUGAGCUGCAGUCCAAGGGCCCAGUCUAAGCCCUGCCCAGUCCUGAUGGAUCUGUGCCUCUCACAAUUUCAAGUAGCUCCAGAAAUGUGGUCAAUGUGAGAAAUAAAUAUUCCCCUCAUUUGUUUUUAUGCAG